AUGGUAAAUUUAUCGCUGACUCGAUAUAUCUUUUUCAUAGGCAUCGAUCGGCUUUUUUGGCUUGGGGAAUAUGGGGAAACAUAUGCACUUAAUCGUUUCAAUGGACAAAAACGAGUCAAAAUAGCAUCGAAUCCAGCAAUGACUGUAGAAGACUCCAAAUUCGUCAUCUUGAUGUUACCAAACGGUCGAAUUGUUCGUGACGUUUGUCAAUCAUUUAUUUUUCCAUUCGCGCAACCAGACACAUUGAUCAUUGACAGUAGCACGAUUGAUGUCGAUACAUCAAAACAGAUGGCAAAGUUAGCGCAAAAUAAGCAAUUACGAUUUGUCGAUGCACCCGUUUCUGGCGGUGUAGUGGGUGCUCAAAAUGGCACAUUAACAUUUAUGGUGGGUGGUGAAAAGGAUGAUUUUCAAUGUGUAGUACCUAUUCUGCAGAAAAUGGGUAAACAUAUUGUUCAUACUGGUCCAAAUGGUAAUGGUUUAGUAGCAAAAAUUUGCAAUAAUUUACUUUCAGGAAUCAGUAUGAUUGGUACAUCGGAAGCAAUGAAUCUUGGUAUAAAACUUGGUCUGGAUAAAAUGGUGCUAGCUAAAUUGAUCAAUUCUUCUACCGGUCAGUGUUGGGCAAGUCAGACUUAUAAUCCAUGUCCUGGUAUUAUUCCUAAUGUCCCAUCAAGUAAUGAUUACCAAGAUGGAUUUGCGAGUGAGUUAAUGACAAAAGAUCUUCUCCUUGCUCUCGAUCUGGCAAAAGAAUUACAAAUACCAAUACCAUUAGGUGAACAAGCUGCUGACUUCUAUCGCCAGAUCUGCUCCAGUGGAUUAGGUAAACGAGACUUUAGCGUCACCUUUAAAUAUCUCAAUGAGAAAUAA